CCCUUGUUCAAGUUCCGUGUUAUGGCGGCGUACGGUCGUCGUGUUUCUUUUUCUCCGAAUACCCGUUGAUCGGAGAAAGCCUGGUUUCAUCCUUUGGUACACUGGGACGAUCUUCGAGAUGGAUGAUGAGGCAGAAACCUAUAAGUUGUGGCGGAUUCGCAAGACUGUGAUGCAAUUGUGCCAUGAUAGGGGAUACCUGGUUACACAGGAGGAGUUAGAUCAGACACAAGAUGAAUUCAAGGAUCAAUUUGGUGACAAGCCCAGUGAGAGGAGACCAGCUAGAAGUGAUCUGAUCCUACUUGUUGCUCACAAUGAUGAUCCAACAGACCAGAUGUUUGUCUUCUUCCCUGAUGAGCCCAAAAUUGGGAUUAAGAACAUCAAGACAUAUUGCCAAAGAAUGCAAGAAGAGAAUAUCACUAGGGCCAUCAUUGUUGUGCAGCAAGGAAUGACACCAUCAGCCAAACAAGUUGAUAUGGCACCAAAAUACAUUUUGGAACAGUUCCUGGAGUCAGAGUUGCUCAUCAACAUCACUGAGCAUGAAUUGGUUCCUGAGCAUGUUGUGAUGACACCUGAGGAAAAGCAAGAACUUCUCACCAGAUACAAACUGAAGGAAAAUCAGUUGAUGAGGAUUCAAGCAGGAGACCCCGUGGCACGUUAUUUUGGUCUCCGUCGAGGCCAAGACUUGGUUGUCAGCCUUGGAAUGGCUGUAGACAUGGAGCCAGAAUCAUGCCAAGAGUCCAAUUAUGACCCCUCGGUCCCCAUUCAAGUUGCCGUUCGAGUGAGACCUGUGCUGCGGGAGAUGCAAACAACAUGCAUCCAAUUGUUUCCAGAGUCUGAACAGUUGGUAAUUGGUGGAGAGCAUGUAUUUUCAUUUGAGCGUAUAUUCUCUCCGAGUGCUGAUCAGAAUGACAUCUUUGAAGAUGCAGUGCUACCUUUGGUUGAAACCUUCUUGGAAGGACAAGAUGUUACAAUAUUGGCAUAUGGACAGAGCGAAUCUGGUAAGACGUACACAUUGGUCGGUCCAGAAUUAUCUUGUGCCAUGAAUGAGGAAGACUUUGGGAUAGUCCAAAGGGUCUUUCGCUCCAUUUUCCAGUCGCUUCAGAAUCUGAAAGGGCUUCAGAGUGUGGUCCAUGUGGCUUACGUGGAGGUAUUUCAGGAACAGGUACGAGAUGUGUUGAAUUGGGACCGACCUGGAAGUGUGAUUCAAGUGGAACAGGAUCCCCAAGAGUCUCUGGGAGGAAGUAGUCGAACCUUGGUACUUUGCUGUGUCUCUCCUUGCGUAGCUGACUUUUGGGAGUCCCUCUAUUCCUUGCAAUGGGCCAGACAGUUCUCCUUCGUCCGCAAUCACCCGACUGCCCAUUCCUUUAAAGGCAGUGACAUGGGAAGCAUUUGCAAUGGUAACCUUGAUGAGCCUGGGAAAGGGAGUGAAGCUGGAAGUAUCUGCAAUGGCCUUCCCAACAAGGAACCUCUGGAUGAAUCUGAGAAUCUUAGGGACCAGAUCUUUAAAUUGCAGUUUGCUGCACAGCAGUAUCAGCAGUUGGUGGCUAAUGCAGAAGACUUGCUGUCUGCCAUGUCAGGACUGGGAAACCUGACUUCUGAACAGGCUGGUCAGAUAACAUCAUGGUUGUGCCUGAAAGCAGAAUGUGAAGAAUGUAUUGCUGGUGAUAUUGGAGGGGAUGAGGACAGUGAAGUCAGUCGAGCUACCAAGCGAAGAGGCGAGAUUGAAGCCUGGAAUCGCAUUGCUGAGCUUGAAGUCAUUGGUCCUGAAAAAGUAUGCAUGGCUAUCCAGACUGAUACAGUGCAAAUGGUUCAUGCUCAGACGAGUGUUCGUGGAGACGAAGGUUGGCUGUCUGGUCGGCUAGCUCAGGACCUACGGGAAGCAGAACGCAUGCUUCAUGACCUCUCUAUGGCCAUCAAAAAGAAGGAGAAGCAGUUGCAACAGCUGGAGGCUCAGAGCAAGACUAUUGAAGAACCCUUGCCUUUGCAAACCAAAGGAAACAAGGAUCAAAGUAAGCCUUCUCCAAAGAAAGGCCUACAGCCACGGGUACGUCGAGGAGGAGUGUCGGGUCCGUCUGGGGUCGAUGGUGCCCUAGUGGGCUCUGUCAAGGAAAGUGAAGACGAACCCGUCGAGGAGGUUGGGAAGGGAGGACUCAUUAAACGCAAGUUGGCCCAGUUUGAAAAAAAGAUUUUUGGAAGCUCAAGAGUUGGUGCGGAGCUCCUUCCGCAAAUCCCAAGAGAAGGAUCAGAAGAGACGCUGAUGGAUGCUAAUGAAGGACCAGGAUCAUCCUUGAAAGAGAAAGGAUCCUCAAAAAUGAAGGUGGAAGAUGGACUGUUCAAGAAUGAAGGAAGAACAACCUCAGGGAAAGAGCUUGAGGAAUCCAAGGCUUCUGUCAAUGCAUGCAAUCAG